AUGAACAAGUUUCGCGUCUUGUGUCUUCAUGGCUACCGCCAAGACGCUCUGAAGCUGCGUGGCCGCAUUGCCGCCUUGCGUCGGACGUUCAAGUCCAGCGUUGAGUUCGUGUGUCUGGAUGCUCCGUUCGAAGUGCCGUAUGAACCCACAGCGGAAGAACACGCCAACAAUGGCGAGACUGGCGAGAACGUAAAGCAACUGAAGUGGUGCGACUUCACUCGCGACGAAGAGACCGGCCAGUAUCUCUUGUCGCGGGUGGAAGAAGCGAUUGAGUACAUUGCCAAUUUUGUCACGAAAGAGGGACCGUUCGACGGCAUCUUCGGGUUCAGCCAGGGAGGUUCCAUGGCGUCGAUGAUCUUGCAGAGACAAGUGAGCACUUCCGAGUCGCCCUUCGCGUUUCGCUUCUCCAUCUUCGUGUCGGCUGGCGCUAUUGGAGAUCCAAAGUACAUGAGCGAUGUGAAGGUAGACAUGCCGUCAUUGCACGUCAUCGGCGAGACGGACGCCGUCGUGGAUAACGAGAGGAGUCUCGCACUUAAAGAUAUCUUUGUAAACCCCACGGUUUUUAUGCAUCCCGGCGGCCACUACAUCCCCACGAAUAAAGAGCCGAAGGACGCAUUCCGAGCUUUUUUCAAAGAGCUACAAGAAGCUGACGAAGCACAGUAA